AUGGCUUCUCCCUUCGCACAAAAAUGGGCCCGCUUCAUUCCGAUGAUCGGGUACCACCAUGUGUUGAUGAUUAUCAUUGCCAUCGCUAUUAUCCUAUUAUCACUCUUGUUGGCCGGAUGCUCAUCAUCAUCCCCGCAAAUUCCCAACAUCUUCCUUAUCUCUUUAUACUAUGAGAAGUACAACGCUGUCAAGGAUCUCGCUCAGGUUCAAGGAGAUUAUCCAUUUGCGCUCGCAAAUAUUGUUGGCGGUGCAGAGAUGGAAGUCCGAGUGGGAUACUUCGGUAUCUGCGUUUCACCUACCCCAGGAUCCUUCAUCUGCAAUGCCAACGCAACCGCAUUGGCUGGUAUUGUCACCGUGGACCAAGAUCCGCUCAACUUGAUCUGGGUUGCUUCGACGUUUAAAGAUGCUGUCGUGUUCCCGUACUUAUUGAUUGUCGCUGUUAUUCUCGCUUUCUUCUGCUUCAUCCUUCUGGCAACAUUCCCCGGCUGGCACGAGGAGACCGACGACUCUGGUUCCGAACGCGAAGUCAAGCCCUUCCCGUCCCGACCCGUCUCCCAGGCCGCCCUGGCACUCAUCUUUGUGUCAUCCGUGUUCGUCCUCGUUUCCGUACUAUGGCAACAUACCGCAUCUGUCGCCGCCAGUACGAUAGCUCAAGACAUGGGCAAUGGAAGUGUCAAGAGUGGCGUUGGUUCCUCAGCAAUGGUGCUUGGUUGGUUUGGCUUCGUCCUACUAGUCAUUGUCACAGUUGGUUUGCUGGUGAUGAUCUUGAGUAUCAGUCUGAUCCGCAAACUGACCGAUGAGGAAUGA